AGUUAAAAUGGCAAUGUACACUAAUCAAACAGCAGAAGAACUUGAAACAUGGAGAUGUACAUCAGACGGAAUUUUCAAAUCACAAAACUCUAUCUGGAUGAAAAUCAACUUUGUAUUCGUAUUUAUUUUGAUUUUUCUAACAUUUUAUCUGAGUUUCAAGGCAGCUAGAGUUCUCAAAAAUCAUAAUGUUUAUUCAAAAGGUUCACAGAUUCUUCUUAUGAUUACGUUAUUAAAUGCAAACUUGAAUCAAUUAAUAUUCCUUGAAAUUAGGAUAAGACAUUUGGUUCACAUAUUUAUAAAUUCAGAGGAUCCGUGUAAAAUUGAAUUUCACAGUCCUGAAUGUACAUAUGAUCAAACUAUUUACGCAUUUACUAGUGUUAUGUCAACUGGGCUUCUUUCGGCUUUAACUUUCGAUCGAUUUUUUGCUCUAUAUGCAUCUACGGUCUAUGUUCGAAAUUCUAAGGAUUCAGCCUAUAUGCUUAUCACGGUUUCGAUAAUUGUUACUGUGAUCGUUCAUAUACGUACAUAUGGUGGAGUAUCUCGUGCUGGAUAUGUUCCAUCUUGUACAUAUCCUCCACAAUUAUCUCUAAAUACUUAUCAAGUUGUGAAUAAUGCAAUUUUCUGGAUAAUAAUGGCAAAUUGUGUUUUGACAAUUGCUGUUCUUCUACUAAAUAUUUAUAAAGACAAAAGAAUCAAAAAAUCAGUUUUCGACACUAAAACACGCUACAACUCUUUUGAAAACGUGCUGACGACAAAAGCAAUAUGCAGUGUUACCUCAACUCAAUUUGUUUUUUUGAGCUUUUCAACAGCGGCACUUGCAAUUAUUCGUACUCUGGAAGCCGGAAUGUCAGAAGAAGUAUUUCAUAUUAAUAUUCAAUAUAUCAAUGGAGGAGUAUAUGGAAAUCUAUCAAUUCCUGUUCUGAUUUAUUUAAAAACCAACCAAUGUAUUUUACAACGGAGGAAGUCAAUUGAUAAAAUGACAAAUCAUACUGGAACCGUGGAUUCCCACAUAUCUUCGUUGAAAACUGCUUGGGAAACUUAAAAUUCCUCAAUCCAGAAACAUUAUUCAAAUCUAAUUUUCUUUGGAUUUUCUAAGAAUCAUAAAACUGCAGAAGUACUAUAAAUAUUUUUCUGAAAAAUGACAAAAGGGAUUUCAAUUGUGAAAUAUUUUAUUUUUCUAAAUUACAAUUAUAGUCGAGGAAAAUUAAAUUUCAAUUUUCUUGUUCCAGAGGAGUGUGCCAUUUUUAUCAGCAAUUAAGCACAUUUUAUUGUAAAAUUAUUUUAUAAGAAGGUUAUAUUUUAAAUUAUU